UCCUUGCUCCAAACUUUGAAACGGCCGUAAAAUAUUAAGCUGUGGUUUAAUAUUUGUAGAAGAGGCGGAGGGAACUUCCUGUGGCCUUGGAAGUUUUUGGUCUGUGCCCUUUGUAUGAGGGAAUUCGGGUAAUUUGUUCAUGGAGAAACCUAGGCUGGAGGACAAAUCAGGUAGCCUGUUGAGGGAGUCUGUCCCCCAUCCACGCUCAACUUUGGCUGUUCUGUAGGGCUGCAGGUCAGAGCGCUUCCUUCUCCAUCAAAAGUUGAGAUUUCUAUGAUGCUGUUGAUACAAUAUUCCUGAAACAGGCCAGUACAGUAUAUGUUAAUAGAAGAACUGGAAAAAAUUGUUGUUAGAUGUCCAUGGGCCCACCUAGGCUCCAUUUGGCCAUUAGGUUCAUGGCAAGAUUUGGCUUAUGCUCCCGUCUCCCCCGAGCAUCCUGAUGAGUGCCUAGUUCCCGCUGCAUGAAUGGCAUUGUUAUGAUAACUUGCAACCUGUGGGCCCUUGCAAAAGUCUGGUUAUUGCAGACAUUGGCUGUGUAGUAACUUGAAAGACUUGGGAUUUUCAACUUUUCAAAUUCAGCUAUAUAAUUCAUAAAUUGGAUGGCUUUGUGACUGCCCAUUAAAGGAUGAGAGGGUCAAAGACCAGUUUGUAGAAUGUGGUUUACUGAUAGAGUUGAUUGUUCAUCUAAUAUUUUUCAGAGAUACUUAAAUGUUGAACCUCUGUCACCUCUGAGUCAAGAAGUAUGUAUUUUGAUCAACAAUACCAAGUAUUGUAAAUGGGAAAAUGGAUUUUGCCUCUUCUCUGCUGAGAUAAUUUCAUAUUAGUACCUUAAUCUGACUUUUAUUUGAACUUGGACUAGAAUAUCAGCUUUAAUUUAAUUUUCCAGCUAGCUUCUCUUUCAGCUUGGUGAAGAAUUACAAGAUGCUUGGCAGGAGUAGAAAGAUCCAGUGUAUGCAGAAGGAUUAGAUUCUUCACUGUUGAUAGCCCAUUACGUCACGCUUAAAGUGAAAAAUAAAAUAUUUCUUUGGGCCGUUGGCAACAGUUGGCAGGCAUAAUACAGUUCACGUGACUGCAGGGCUUAAUGUUAAGGGUGUGGUGUUUUAGGAUGAAUGAAUAUGCUCAUUCUGGGAAUACAAGGAGAUUGUUCGUUGGUGUAUAUAUAGCUGAGUUAAAUCCAUGCUGCUUGAGAAGGUUUCCUGAUGCGAUCUCUUUAGCAAGGUAGAAUAAUAGUUCAUUCAAGUGCUUUGCACCCAGUCUGGUACAGGGAGGAUUUCUGUUUGAAUCCUCCUCUUUAAGAAAAGUCAGAGCUGCUUUAUGCAUGCGUCCAUAGCUAACAUAUUUUUAGAGGGUAGUUUAUGCUUACUGUGGAGAUUCAGCUUUUUAACCAAAUGCAGAAAUAUUUUUGACUUGUUUUAGGACUCUUGAAUUAUUUAUGACUUACGGUAUCUGUGCAUCUCCAUUUUUAUACUACUUGAAAGGACUUAGAUAGGGAUAUUAAUAGGCUUUCACCUACAUUUAUUUUUUAAAAAAGUUAGGACUUUAAGGGAAACAAGUUAAUGCUUUUAAUUAAAGCAUUUGCAUGCAGUUAUAUAGUUGAACUUAAAUGUGCUCAGAGUUUGUCCUGCUUUGGACUACCAGCUGAAUUACUUUACCAUCGUAAGGGAAGCCCAGCUAUUCUCUACCAACAUUCUGGAAAAACCUGUUACUAAGGGAACAACAUUUUAUUUUUUAAAACUUUCCUUUGGGAAAGCAGAAGCUUUUUCUGACUCAAAAGCUGUUGGAAAUGAGCCAAGACCUGGAAAUCAGCAGGCUGCUUGGGGGAGGUUAGGACUCCUCCAGGAAAACAGAAUGUACUGGUCUAUGCUAGCAUAAUUACUGUUUAGAGUCUAAAAUACAAGAAGAUAACUGUGACGAUAAGUUCAAGCAGUUUAAAAUACACUGUUUAUGUGAACUGAGUUACACAACUAACACAGUUUUGCCUGCAUAUGUUUCUGGGGCCAAAAAUAAUUAUCUGUGCUGAUUUCUUAGGUGUUCGUGACUUGAAUGUUAAACUAAUAUUUGGAGUUUGUUUUCCUGUCCUUCGCUCCCUAGUUUCUGAAGCGAGGGUUUUUCAGAGGCACUCUGAACAGUCAUAGAGCUACUCGGUAUUAAACUCUCACGUUUAUGCUACGUGUGUCCAUUUGUUUGAUAGAGUCAUCACUGCUUUGCAGCUCUCUGAGAAGCACCAGCUCUAAGACAGGAGGAAGAUCCGAACCUGCUAAGCAGUCACUUAAGAAACCGAAGUUACCAGUAGGUCGAUUUGAUGAACCAGAGGAGUCCAGUAUAGAGAGGGAACCCCUGGAAAAAUUCCCUGAUGGAAUCAAUCCUGCUACAAAAGAGAGGGGUGGACCUAAAGGCCCUGAACCUACACGUUUUGGAGACUGGGAGAGAAAAGGACGUUGUAUAGAUUUUUAAUGUAUAAAUAUAUCUGUAUUGCUAACAAAUUAUGUCUAGUUGUUGAAAAAUAUAAUGUACAGAAAAAUCUCACCUGGAUUUGUUGUGAGGCUUCUUGUUUCUGUCACGCUUGUGAUGAAUUUUCAGAGAGAUAAUAUCUAAAUAAACUCGAUGCUGCAACUCAGUUUUUGGAGCUGUUAUUUGCUCAGCUUGCACCUGAUCUGUAAUGCCAUUUACACUGUGCACGUAUAAUUGCAGGUUUAGUGAUGUGAAAUCGGUAGUCAGGAUCUUACCGAGAUGUCUAAGGGCUUGGAUUUCUGUAUGUGUUUAACCAUUUAUAUAGUGUCUUAGAAGUGCUGAAAGAGCUUUGCAGUUCGUGAACCCAGACACCCUCAUCAAAAGCAUGGCCACCUUGUAGAAGAUCAGUACUUGGCCGAUGGUGGUGGUUAGCACGGCAGUUCAUUGGUGAAAGCCCCUUUAAUCAAGAGCCAUCCCCUCUGUUUCCCGUAGGGUGGGUUGGGGGUGCUUCCCGGUUUGCGUGGAGGGGACGGAGACUCCCAUUUUACCCCAUCUCAGACUGACGGGCUGUAAAUGGCACGAUGCAAGUGGAGGCUUAAUUGCGAGAGGGUCAACUCAUGAGUGCAAGUAGGGUAGGGGUGCUCUGUACACAGUUUGAGAAUACCGUUCUCCAUAACCUAGCUUAUUGCGUGCUAUUCGCGUUAUUUUCUCCUUGAUGAAUGGCGUCUUCUGUUUGAAAACCGGCUGAAUGCUGCUUGGGGGGGAAAAAACAUUACUUUCUGAUACCUUAUCGUCAGCAGGGACUAGUUACAUGAGAUGAUCUAGUAUUGCAGGUCUUAAAACUAAGCUGGCGUUGCACUAAGUAUCUUUCAGUCAGACCGAGCUCAGUUCUGCAUUCAAGAAUUUGCCUACUUGUAAAUGCUGUAGUAGAGUGCAAAUCUGCCACUUGUGUGGGCAUUUAUUAAUAAGAAUAAGCUGUCAUUACUAAAAUGUGUGAACAUAUGCUCUGUGUAUUUCUGUGCAAGUUCUUUUUGAUAGCCUAAACAAAGGGAUCUUCUCUAGUCUUCAACUGUAAAUGGUUUUGUCAUCCCUUUGUGUUUCCCUCCUGGUGUUUUGCUGAUUUUUCAACCUCUUCUUUUUUAUUCCAUGCGCUCCAGCUUGUAUAUUCACAAUUCCUAUCGGCUGCCUUUGCUGCAGCACCACACUGAGUGUUAACACUGAACAGAAGUUUCUUGGAGAGCCCAGGACAGUCUCCCGUUUCAUGGCCUAUGUUUCUUUUUCCUAUGUGGGUGUUUCUGCCUUCUACUAUGCCAAAGCAAGUUGUACCUGAGUGAAAGUCAGCUUUGCUUUACUGUUUCUGUUGAUGUGCGUGACUCCGGCUCUGUAAGAAGACGUGGCUUUGCCCAGCUUUGCCUUUGGCAUGAUUUUAUUAGAGCCUUAAAGCGUGUUAGUCCUAUCACAAAUCGUACAACCUCCCUAAAACUCGCCCGACUUGUAGCCGGUGGGGAAGCUCCUCACUGAAAUCCGCCGGGUUGUAUACCCAGCGUGUAUGUUACUGACAGAGUGUCGUCCUAGUUGUGAGUUAAGAUGUUUGACUCGCUGCGACGAUGCCCUACAAAAGUUCUAAGUCUGUUCAAGAUAGGUUUAUCAAAUACCGAAGAGCAAAACGAGGUUUACUACAGCCUGUUUUUCGCAAAAGAUGUUAACUGGUGGGAAUUACAUUUUGAACCUUUCAUCUUCUGUAAAUUUAAAUUCUGCAGCACGGUUUGGAUAGUGGAAAACUGCUUUGUAUUUAUACCUGAUUCAUUCUAGUUAACCCUUCGGUAGUGCAGCAGUUACGUUUUCCCAAAAUCUACUGAAAUUUUCAGUUACCUGAAGAUGUGCUGGGUCAGCUGUCUUUUAAUAUAUGCUGUUUAUUGAAAUACUUCUAUACUUAGUAGUAAUGCUUUGCCUCUUCACUUGCUAGUGGGUUGGAAAAUAAUACUUCAGCACACCAUACACCACCUUUUCAAAUAGGGGGCAGAAAUUUUAAUUGGCAACCUCUGCCUUUUUUGCAUCGUUAUUAAUAGACUUAACAUCUUAAUUAGCGCAGAGGCAGUAACACAACCGCAGUUACUUUAUUUUUGAAUUCUAAAUCUUACUCUCCUUCUCCAUGAAUUGUUGCAUGAGUUUGUUAUCUUCUCUUGCCAGGUUUUACCCUUCCCAGCACGUGCUCCGUGAAUGCUUACCUAGUGCCUCUUCUUGGCAUUCCUCAUUUUCCAUUCGAAUCGCUGCCUUCCGCAUAGAGUGCAGCUGCAGUCCUCUGCGGCCCCACAGAAUAACGCCUUUUUGGUUUAGCAUAUAAAGAACCAGUCUCGCUUUUCCGUGGUUUUCUUUAUGUUGCCGUUAGUUACCUUCAGCCUCCCCCUGCUCUGUGAUCAAGGGCUGACCCAAGGGCUGUCCAGGCUCCUGCCUCUCUGCUUCCAUGGUGUGGGUGAUGGCUGCCACUGUGGGAGCCAUGGGCAGUCGUUUUUGCCAGAGCUCAGGCGGGUCCUAGGCACUCCCUGCCUGCACCCGUGGAGCACCUGGAUUUGGGAGCUGCUUCUGAGAGCACUGUCUGUACCAACAAGACAGGGAGCCACACAAAGGGAUUUUGCUUUCUUUCAAAAAAUAGAAAGGCCCUUGCUAACCGGCGUAAAUAGCUGUCAAGGAGUAGGCGCUGAGGAAACCCAGGAUACCGCUUCAGUCCUGAGGCACUCCAGGCCCUCUUUACCACCUCCCGGGGCAGCGCCAGUAACCACCAAAUAUUUGCUUAAUUUGGUGAGGGAGUGUGUCAGUAAGAGAUAAGAAACUGAACAUUUGGGCAAAAUAACACAUAACAGCCAAAGAGCGAAUGCCAGGGGGCCUUUCUGUGUGGUCUGGCAAUCUGGUGUUUACCAAAAAGGGAAGUCCCGUGCCUCAGUAAUUAAAUCCAAAAUAAUGUCCUGUGGUGCUGCAAAAUCACUUGUGGCAUCUGUCAGAACGAAUCAUGGUUUGAAUGCAACAACCGAUAUGAUGAUAUUGUAGGGCAUAAACGAUCGUGUCUGGUUUGUUUU